AUGUCUCUGGGUUAGAGGAGUGAGCACUGCAAGCUUGAAGAAGGCCUUCAGGCCCCAAAAGGGGCACAGGGCCUAGAAGGUGUGCAGGCUCCCAUGGCUGAGAAGGAAGAAGUCGUCUCCUUCUCCUCCUAAUCCUCCCUCACUCCUUUGAUCACAGGCACCCCAGAAGAGGUGCCUGCCACUGGGGCACUGAGUCCUCUCCAGACUUCUUGGAGAGCUUGCUUCUCACUCACUGGCACCACAGCCACUCCAAUGAGUCAAUCUGAUGAGAAUUCCAGAAGCCAAGAAGAAGAGGGGCCCAGCACCUCCCAGGCUCCACCAGAUCCUGAGUCCUUGCUCAGUGAUGACCUAAACCAGAAGGUGGCUGAAUUGGUGCAGUUCCUGUGUAUCAAAUAUGUAACAAAGGAGCCUACCACAAAGGCAGAAAUGCUGAGGAAUGUCAUCAAAGAGCACAAGGACCACUUCCCUGUGAUCUUCCGCAAAGUCUGUGAGUGCAUGGAGAUUGUCUUUGGCAUUGAAGUGAAGGAAGUGGACCCCACCAGCCACUCCUAUGUGCUUGUCAAAACACUUGACCUCACCUAUGAUGGGAUGCUGAGUGAUGACCAGGGCAUGCCCAAGACCGGCCUGCUGAUACUUAUCCUGGGUAUGAUCUUCAUGGAGGGCAACCGUGCCCCUGAGGAGAAAAUCUGGGGAGUGUUGAAUAUGAUGGGGGUAUAUGCUGGGCAAGAGGAUUUCAUCUAUGCGGAGCCCAGGAAACUCAUCACCAAAGGUUUGGUGAGGGAACAGUACCUGGAGUACCAGCAGGUGCCGGACAGUGAUCCUCCACACUAUGAGUUCCUGUGGGGUCCCAGGGCCUACGCUGAAACCAGCAAGAUGAAAGUCCUGGAGUUUUUCGCCAAGAUCAGUGGGACUGACCCCACUUCCUUCCCAUCCUGGUAUGAGGAAGCUUUGGGAGAUGAGAGAACCCAGGCCGGAGCUGCCACUGGGGAUGAUACUAGUGCCAUGGCCAGUGAAAGUUCCAGUGUCCCGUCCAGCAGCCUCUCCUGCCCUGAGUGA